CGCGUCCGUCGUCGUGCAGGAUGUGCACCGUGGCCACCAUGGGGCUCUUACUCGUCGCGCUGGCGUUGUGCUGCCCUGCGGCGGAAGGCAGGGGCGCGCGGGCGCUGCGAGGGCAGUGGGCAGUGCGGCACAAUAAACGCGGCGCUCUGGGCGGCUUGCCGUCUUACAAGCUCGGGCACGACAUCCCGGUGGUGACGCAUUCGGUGCUCAAACCACUGGUGGUGACGUACCCGCCAACCGCCACCGUGGCGGCCGUCAAGGUGCCGCUUGCGCAUCCACUACUGCCUCGGCACCCCCAGAAGCACCCUCUUCACUCUCCUCACCAGCACCAUCAUCACCGCACGAAAACGGUGCUACUACCACACCCCGAGCAACACUUUCAUCAUCAUCACCAUCACGUGACACCACAGCCGGCGCUGUCCGUGCUGCCGGUAGCUCAGCCAGUGGUGCAUCCUUUGCCGCCGCCGCCCGCUCCGAUAGUCCCUGCACCGGCGGCGCCGCUCCUGCCGGCCGCGACGGCGCCAGUACCGGUGGCGCCGUUGCUGCCUCCCGCGCCCGCACUGGUGCCUUUAGCGCCACAGUACUCCUACGUGAUAAGGCCCGGCAACGCCGUACAGACUGCGUACUUCGCGACGUACCCGCGGUACCCGCUGGCGAGUUACCGACCAUUGGCGCCGGCGCCGGCGCUGCUAUUACCGCAGCCACCUGCGGUACACUUGCAGCCGCAAGUCGCGCCGCCGAUACUCGCAGUAGCACCGACUCCGACUUUUCCACAUCCAGCGGAAAUACCGCAGACCAUCCAAGUACACAACUCUCAGCCAGAGUCGCAUGCACACAUCGCCCCCUCGGGCGGGCAGCUACCGGUGGCCGCGCAUGUGCUGGAGAACGACGGUUGGGCGCCUCUGGGUUCGGGGCACUCGCUUUUCACGCAGGAGGCGGGCACGCAGGUGUACGAACAGCACGACGGCGAAAACCAAGCGCUGGGGGGGUAUCACGGUCAGUUGCAGCAGCACACGCAGCAGCAACUAGAGCAAUCGCACUUUGAUCACCACCAGUUCGGCCACGAGUACACCGCGGCGGCGCGUGCCCCUGUACCGAGCGCUGAAUACGGCCAGCCAGGUAACGAGUACGACCAGCAACUCCUUCAGCAUCGGUAUCAACAACAGCACGACCACCAGUAUUCUCAGCAGUACGCCCAACACGAACCGUUCCCUCGAAACGACCUGCAAUUCGCUCCACACGACCAACAGCACGCUCAACACGAUCAACAUUCAUACGAGCAGCAGUAUACACAACACAUCGAGCAGCACCAGCAGCAUCCGGCGGCUUCGUUCGAGGAGCAAGAGUUGCAAGGCCGCAGUGCGGAGGAGAGCGAUCAGCGUUUCCAUAACCACAUUCCGCUGGGGCUGCAGCCCCCCAUUGACCGUCCGCUCGACCACUUCCGGUAGCGAGUCGCGAGGACGCGCGCGUGGCUUUCCUCGACGCCUUGUGAUAAAACGAAAGCAAGUAUUCAAGAGACUAUAGUCUCAAGUUACCGACUACUUGCAUGUAAAUAAACUAUGUUAUUA